UCGACUUGCUUCAAAAAGAGCGGAAGAAACCAGCACAACCACCGCUCCAACCCGAACAACUAAGGAAGACAAGUAAAACACGUCGCCAAAAGACAGAUCCCGAGGUUGAAAAAACUUCAGAGAAUAAUGAUACUGAAGUCCAAACACAAGACGCUUCCGCUACAACUGCCCUGAAUGCUGACACUAUAUCACCACCAGCUCAAGAGCCAACACAUG